UGCAACGUGCUUCCGACGCCGACAUAUUCAAUCUUUGCGAACAACCACAGCAACAUCGAUCUAUCUAUCCAGCAAGCAAUAAAUAAGUAAGAUGGCAGAAGGAGGUGAAGAGUGGUGUACGAUCGAGUCUGAUCCAGGCGUGUUUUCGGAGGUCCUGGAAGAGGUUGGGUGCAAACAUGUCGAGUUGGAAGAGUUGUGGAGUUUGGACGAAGAAACGUUGAUGACUCUUCACUCUACGGGCGCUGUCUAUGGUUUGAUUUUCUUGUUCAAAUGGGAGAGCAAGAAGAACAAACCUCCUGCGUCUCCAUCGGCGAAACCACGAGAACCCCUGAGCGAAGAUGUCAUUCCUCCCAAUCUAUUUUUUGCACAUCAGACCAUGACCAAUGCUUGCGCUACCCAAGCCAUUCUGAGCGUGGUGAUGAAUGCUGGCUUGACACCCGAACAGCUGGGACCCACCUUGGCGGAAUUCCAUUCCUUCACAAUGACUUUUCCACCGUCUCUCAAGGGAGAUGCCAUUGCGUCGAGUGACGAAAUACGAAAGGCCCACAAUUCCUUCAAAAAACAAGAUGCCUUUUUGCAGGAAGGACGAUUCCACAUCCCCACGGGAGACGAAGAAGCGUUUCAUUUUGUCAGCUACAUCCCCUUGGAUGGGACCGUCUACGAAUUGGAUGGCUUGCAAAAGGGACCCAUCCCGGUUGGAACCUUCUCGGCCGGGGAACCCACUAGUUGGUUGGCCGUCGCGCGAGAAGCCAUUCAGGAACGAAUGAAUGCCUCGCCGGAAAUCAAAUUCAAUCUCAUGGCCGUCAUUCAGGAUCAGAGACUGGAAUUGAAGCGAAAAUUGGGAGAACUAGAAAACGACAAUGAUAAGGCAGCGGAACACUCCGAAGUGGUAGCCUCCUUGGCGGCACAAGAUGCAAAGCGAGAACAGUGGAAACGGGAGAAUCAACAACGUCGUCACAACUAUGUCCCGCUGUGUAUGGAAAUCAUCAAGGGAUUAGCCAAGUUGGGAACGCUGCCCGAACUCGCCACUGAAGCCAAGGAACGGUAUGCCGAAAAGAUAGCAAAGAAAAAGAUGAAGACCUAAGUAAAUUGCGAAAAGCAACAACGAAAAAAGUCAACAAACAACAGGCUGGCUGCCCUGCAGGAUUUGAUCUUGCCCAGAGACGGCGGUUCGACAGGCAGUAGUAAAAAGAUCUGAUAGAAACUGGUUCUAUUUUUGG